CUGUAAUCCUAAUCUUGUUAAUACAUUAAUCUUAGUUUUUGAAUCCGGGCAAUUGUCAUAUACUUCUGCUUAACAGGUUUUCGACGUUAAAGGAGUUUGGAAGAUGGCAAACGGUAGCAUCCAUAUGUUUGAGCUUGCUGUUAAACAAGGGCAGCCUACUCUGGUUCCUCCAGCCGAGGAGACGAUGAAGGGGCUAUACUUUUUGUCGAAUCUGGAUCAAAAUAUUGCAGUUAUAGUUCGUACAAUUUACUGUUUUAAAUCAGAGGAAAGGGGCAAUGAGGAUGCUGUGCAAGUGAUUAAGGAUGCCUUGUCGAAGGUUCUGGUGCACUAUUAUCCUCUUGCAGGACGGCUGACCAUUAGCCCGGAAAUGAAGCUUAUUGUGGACUGUACCGGGGAAGGUGCUGUAUUUGUCGAGGCUGAGGCAGAUUGUAAGCUUGAAGAUUUAGGUGACAUUACGAGGCCUGAUCCCAUCACUCUUGGGAAGCUAGUUUACGACAUCCCUGGUGCCAAAAACAUUCUAGAAAUUCCUCCUCUGGUGGCUCAAGUCACAAAAUUCAAAUGUGGAGGCUUUGUUCUUGGCCUGUGCAUGAACCAUUGCAUGUUUGAUGGGAUUGGUGCCAUGGAAUUUGUGAAUUCUUGGGGUGAAACUGCCAGAGGCCUUAAACUUAAGGUUCCUCCAUUCAUGGACAGAAGCAUUCUCAAAGCCAGAAAUCCACCCAAGUUGGAAUUCCCACAUCAUGAAUAUGCUGAGAUUGAAGAUAUAUCAAGCACAACUGAACUUUACAAAGAAGAAAUGCUCUAUAAGUCAUUCUGUUUCGACUCGGAGAAGCUCGAGCACCUAAGAAAGAAUGCACUAGAAGAUGGGAAUCUAGAAAAGUGCACCACAUUCGAAGCCCUCUCAGCAUACGUAUGGAAAGCUCGUAGCAAGGCAUUAAAUAUGAAGCAGGAUCAACAGACAAAGCUACUUUUUGCAGUCGAUGGACGGUCUAGAUUCGAGCCCCCAAUUCCAGAAGGAUACUUUGGCAAUGCAAUUGUAUUGACAAAUUCACUCUGCAAGGCAGGUGAAUUAGUGGACAACCCAUUUUCAUUCACUGUAAAACUAGUUCAAGAGGCAGUGAAAAUGGUGACAGACGGCUAUAUGAGAUCUGCUAUAGACUAUUUCGAGGCAACUCGAGCUAGGCCUUCUUUGACAGCAACCCUGCUGAUCACUACAUGGUCGAGGCUAUCAUUCCACACUACUGAUUUCGGCUGGGGAGAGCCUGUGCUAUCAGGGCCUGUAGUUUUGCCUGAAAAGGAAGUAAUCCUCUUUCUUUCACAUGGAAAAGAAAGAAAAAGCAUUAACGUUCUUCUUGGAUUGCCUGCUCCUGCCAUGAAAACAUUUGAACAGCUGAUGCAGAUAUAAGAGAACAGAAUCAAUACUGUUUACCCUAUUGAUCCUUUGUUGGUUAAUUUCUGAAUUGAAUCUAUCGUGUCGAAUCGUGUUAUUUAUUCGUAAAGUCAUCGUCAAUGCCACAUUGUAGUUCAUACUAGAAUAUGUCACUUGAGGUUCAGAGUCGAAAUUCUAUUCCUAAAUCAACAAAAAAAGUGGCAAUACUGUAUUUCCUGUUCUUAUUCAAUUUCAGCAAACAAUCAUUUGUUCCUUAUUCACUUCUUUGGUUCUCA